GAGAGAUGGCUCAAAGAUGAUAGCACCUUGAGGGAGGACUUUCCGAUCCAAGCGUUGGGGUAUGGCCUACACAGACUAUGUCCAGGCAGGCAUAUGGCGCUUGAGAACAUCUGGCUUGUGUCGAUCGUCGCUGCGUUCAAUGUAAAGCCAGCCAACGAUGCAGUAGGGAAUGAGAUGUCCCCUUUCGGAUUUGACUACCUUGGUACCGUCUGCAGCCAGUCUGUUCCAUUCAAAUGCUCCAUAACGCCGCGCAGCGCAAGAGCCGCUAACCUUAUCAAAUGUGAGAUAUAG